ACAACAACUUGGUCAAACUUUGUGUUUCCUCCAUCUACUACAUCAGCAUUCUCCGUCACAUUAAUAAUGCUUCAUAUUCUGACUCUGAGGCUCUCUCUCAUUCUCUGAAAGCAAGAAAAUGGGGAACUCAUUGGUAUGUUUCUCACCAUCACACAAGAAACCCAACAGCAACACCUUCAACAGAGAGCCCUCCAAACGCUCACCAUCCUCUUCACCUUUCUUGUCCUCCAUUGCUAGCACUAGAAGAUCAAACGGUUCAAGCAAGAAGAAAGAGAUGCUUGCGGAUGAUUUGCUGCUUCAACAGCAAGCAAUAGAGGCUGUUCUGCUGUUCCAGAACCACCAGAAGAACGCUUCAUCGAUACCGCUUAACCGAUCCACUUCCGUGGUUUAUCCCUCUCCUGGUCAACAGAAUCAGAGCUUUACAAAAAGCUCCAGCUCUAGGCAACGUUUGCGUUCGGAUGCUGUCAGCUUUCAGCCCCUUGAGCUUGUUGAUAAGCAGGAUGUAAAGACUGAUGGUCUGGAAACCAAUCAUUUCAUCCUUGUUCAUGGAGGUGGCUUUGGUGCUUGGUGUUGGUAUAAAAGCAUGACACUUUUAGAAGAAAGUGGGUUCAAAGUUGAUGCAGUUGACUUGACAGGUUCUGGAGUUGACUCCUUUGAUACCAACAGCAUUACAAGUCUUGCACAAUAUGUAAAGCCACUCACUGACAUCCUUGAGAAACUUGGGGAUGGGAAGAAGGUAAUUUUGGUUGGACAUGACUUUGGUGGCACAUGUAUCUCCUAUGUAAUGGAGUUGUUUCCAUCAAAAAUAGCAAAAGCCAUAUUCAUUUCUGCAGCAAUGUUAGCUAGUGGGCAAAGUACUCUCAAUCUGUUUGCUCAACAGACCGGGUCGAAUGAUCUGAUGCGACAGGCUCAGAUUUUCUUGUAUGCCAAUGGGAAGGAUCAACCUCCAACAGCCAUUAAUCUUGCCAAAAAAUUGGCUGAAGACUUAUUGUUCAAUCAAAGUCCUGCAAAGGAUGUUGCAUUAGCAUCAGUGUCCAUGAGGCCAAUCCCUUUUGCACCAGUGACAGAGAAGCUCUCCCUUUCCGGCACGAAUUACGGCUCUGUGAGGCGGUUCUUCGUAGUCACUCAAGAAGAUCAUGCCAUAAGCGUUCCUCUACAGGAGACCAUGAUCGAAUCGAACCCCCCGGAACAAGUUUUCCGGCUUAAGGGCUCUGAUCAUGCACCUUUCUUCUCAAGGCCACAGGCUUUGCACAGGAUAUUAGUAGAGAUAUCCCAGAUUCCUCCAAUUUAGGCAUGAGCUGAGCUGCCAUUACAGCAGAUAUAGCAUGUUCAACAAUGCAGCACAUAAUAAGUCGAGUGUUCAGUGUAUUUAGGUUUAUUUUCCUGUCACCGCAUAUAGAAUAGAGAGUGUACAUAUAUUUUUGUGUGCUUCACUUCUGUAUAUCCAGCUAAUAUUUAUAAAAGCAAAAAUAUUUAUGGUAAAUUACUGGAAAACAAGGGGUAGAUUAGCAGCAUCAUGUGAA